CAUUUUUUUUUUCAUUACCGAAUAAUUUCAACUUUCUUUUCUUUUCCAUUUAUUGAUUAACCUUUUUCUUUGACAACUAUGGGAGAGAACCUCGAUCAAGAUGUUAGCGCUGCGAUCCUACGCCUUCAGAAUAAGCCAGAGAUUCCGCGUAUAGAUUACACUCUCUACAAAAUGGAAGAUGGAAGUGUAGCAAAUACACAAGAGAGAGUCAUCAAAGAUGUUCCUCCACCUGCUGUGUCCAUCCCGACAGACGAGGAAUUCUGGAGUAAAGAACGUCCUGGAUUGCCCAAUCUCGCCUUCCUUAAAGAUCACUUUUAUCGUGAAGGUCGCCUUUCUGCUGAACAAGCCUUGUAUAUCCUUGAGAAAGGUACCGAGAUCUUGAAAACAGAACCCAAUCUUUUGGAAGUCGAUGCGCCAGUCACAGUGUGUGGUGAUGUUCAUGGCCAAUACUAUGACUUGAUGAAGCUGUUUGAGGUCGGAGGUGAUCCAGCAAACACCACAUAUCUCUUCUUGGGUGAUUACGUCGACAGAGGAUAUUUCUCAAUCGAGUGUGUCCUAUAUUUGUGGACAUUGAAGAUGUGGUACCCCAAGAGUCUGUUUUUGCUUCGUGGCAACCAUGAAUGCAGACAUUUGACAGACUACUUUACAUUCAAGAUCGAAUGUAGACACAAGUAUACCGAGAGAGUUUAUGACACCUGCAUGGACUCCUUCUGCUCCCUCCCCUUGGGUGCAGUUAUGAAUAAGCAAUUUUUGUGUAUUCACGGUGGUCUCUCUCCUGAUCUCCACACCCUCGACGACUUUAAAACCAUUGACCGGUUUCGUGAACCUCCCACUCAUGGUCUGAUGUGUGAUCUCUUGUGGGCAGAUCCUUUGGAAGAUUUUGGCCAAGAGUCGAGCAAUGAACUCUUUGUCCACAAUCAUGUCAGAGGCUGUUCGUACUUCUUCAGUUAUGCCGCUACAUGUGCAUUCUUGGAACGUAACAACCUGUUGUCCAUAAUCAGAGCACACGAAGCACAAGAUGCUGGUUACCGGAUGUACAGAAAGAGCAGAGCUACAUCUUUCCCAGCUGUCAUGACUAUCUUCUCGGCACCAAACUAUCUCGAUGUUUAUAAUAACAAGGCUGCUGUUCUUAAAUACGAAAACAACGUUAUGAACAUUCGUCAGUUCAACUGCACCCCUCAUCCUUACUGGCUUCCCAACUUUAUGGACGUAUUCACCUGGAGUUUGCCAUUUGUGGGUGAAAAGAUCACUGAUAUGCUUAUUGCCAUUCUCAACAUCUGCAGCAAGGAGGAGCUUGCACAGGACGCACACACACUUUCACUCGAAGAGAAGCCUUCAACUGCGGCUUCUGUAGACGAGACAGAGCUACGUCGCCAGACUAUUCGUAGCAAGAUCUUGGCAGUUGGAAAGAUUUCGCGAGUAUUUUCUGUGCUUCGCGAGAACUCGGAGCGCGUUAUGGAGCUCAAAUCCCUUGCACCCGGAGGAAAGCUUCCUUUGGGAACAUUGGCCCUUGGUGCAGAGGGUAUCAAGUCUGCUAUUACAACAUUCGAAGAUGCCAAACGCUCAGAUUUGGAGAACGAACGUUUACCACCUACUCGUGAGAUGAAGGAAGCACUGAGAAAAGAGGAAACUGACAGUAAGAUCAGAGAUGCUGUAGAAGAAGAUGAUGAAGCAUUGAAAGAAGUAGCAGAUGCCAUUGUUAGUGAUACAGAUUAAAGAUUGACCUGUGUAUAUUAUAUAUAUAUAUGUAUGCGUACGGUUAUGUAUAAUGUGUGUGCAGCAUGAAUGUUUUAUUUUCCUCUUUUCUUUAUGCUGCACUAUCUGUAUAUGAUUUAUCUAUUUCCUACCAACUUUUUUUUGAAUUCAAUAAACCGAUCAAAUGAUAAUAUCU